AUGACAACUGAUCCAGCCACAAGAGGAGCUGCCCCUAUGGCGUCCGACAAGAUCACUCUACAUGUUAUCUCCCCUUCAAUCCCCGCCCCGGGGCGGUUUACGCUUCACGACCAAUCUCUCUCAGACACCGUUGCACAAAUCAAGGCUCGCAUUACACAGUCUCUCCCAAGUCGACCGGCUCCGGCACAGCAGAGAUUAAUCUACCAGGGCAAGCCUCUGACCGAUGAUCGAGCGAGCUUAGCAUCUGUCCUGAGGCCUAUCGAUGGAUCCCCAUGCUCAAUUCACCUUGUCCUGCCCCCAGCCCCAACCCCCACUGCAUCUUCAACGGCAAGCGCAGCAAAUCUACCAUCGCACUUGAAUCAAUAUGUGUCAUCCACCGGUGUGGCGCCUCAACUAGCUUCGUCGACACAGGGAAUUCGAUAUCGCGGACAAGCGCCUCCUUCAUCAAACGCCAUUGGACAGGACUCUCAAGACAGUUCGGAUCGUAUUCGGAGCGAGCUAGAUGCGGUUUUAGACAGAUGGCGAGCCACAGCUUCCUCAAGCUUGGACCAGACUAGUACACUGAGAGAAGAACUCCGGCGUCGAGGUGCUUUGACAGAGGACGUGGACCGAAUACUCCAGGCCAGCUCUUCCCAUCAAAAUUUACCAGGGUUUGAUUCGCGGUCGAAUUUUCCUCAGUUUGACUCCACAUCUUGGGGUCACAACACUACGUCUGCUGAGAAUAUCAACUCUGUAGACGCCAGAUUUCCUGCAAUGCCUGCAUGGAAUCCUUCUCCUUCUCACACAACAACCAAUGGUGGUGGCCCUGCUUCACCCCCAAGGGAUUCAUCAAGGACGACUGGAUCAGACAAUCAUAAUUGGGCGACGCCGGCGGCUUCAAGUUUCAAGCCAACCAAUACAAACGCCUCGCCAGCCACGGCUUCGAAUACUCCAUCAGCAUACAGACCUCAUUCGGUCCCUAUUGACACCAGUACAUUCGCUCAAUCAGAUCCUUCUUCGGCCCCAUAUCUUGAGCAAAUACAAGGCUGGCACUUUCUUUCUCAGCAAGUGAUUGAAAUGGAGAACCUGAUCAGCCAGUACACCAUACCGUCUGUAGACAUGAUGUUCCGAAUACGAACACAACUUCAAAACAUGCUGGCGGAGAGACAAAACCAAAACAUUGAAAGGAUACAUUCCACCCCACCCUUGUUCCCUUCGACGGCAGAUGUUGUCGAGGCAAUGAUGAAUCGUGUCACCCGUCUCUACGAGCGUGUCGAUCAGAUUACACUGAUCCAACAGGCCCAGCGAAUCAGAGUCGGAAUGAACAAUCCUCCCUACUUGCAAGCCGAGCCCUCUCGGAUCUACUUAGCAACUCAUCCAGAUGGCCGACAAAGCCUGAUCCUCCCCCCGGAGACCACAAUCAGGACUUCGCGCGAAAUUUCUUCGUUCCAGUCCCAUGCAGUCCCUGCUCCCGAAGCUCAGGUUAACCCCAAUGCUGCAAACGCCGCCGCCGUUCAUCAAGCCGUUCGUCAGGCUCUGAUCAACCAACAGCAACGACGAGACCCCAAUGGCGCAGGUCUUGGACGUUAUGUACGCCGCGUCUGGAUGUUCAUUCGCAUGUACUUUUUCUGCUAUAUGAUCAGCGACGCAGGUACUUGGACGCGUAUCUUCCUCGUCACAUGUGCUGUGAUAGUGGCUGUUCUGUCAGAUACAGACAUUCCUCAGCAACUCCAUGGAGCCAUUGUGGUCCCAGUCCAACGUCAUCUCGAAGGCCUCGCUCAUAUGGGUGGCCCUGCUGAUCAGUCCACGCAAAGGCCAAAUCAAGCCGGGGAGAAUCGUGAUAAUCCUGCGCCCCAGGGUAUGCUUGGCGAAAUUAUACACUUCCUCCGGCGCGCAGAGAGAUCCAUUGUGCUUCUACUUGCUAGCCUGGUUCCCGGCAUUGGCGAGCGGCAAGUCGAAGCACGCAAUGCGGCCGAGGCCGAACGAGUUCGCCAAGAGCAAGAGCAAGAGCAAGAGCAAGAACGGGAGCGCGAGCGUGAACGUGAACGUGAACAGGAACAGGAACAGCCUCGGGAGCUUGGGAAUGAAAAUUUGAAUGAGCAUGAAAGAGAGCAAGCCGGGUCUGAUGCCGCCGCUGCCCCUGCUGUUAUAACCCAGCCAGAGCAGACUGUUGCUUAA